UGAUUCCCUGCUGGGAUGGUCUUGGCCACAGAUCUUAGGUACAGUACUCGUAUGCGCGCUCGGAAAUUUCCUGAUCGACAAGCGACGGAGUCGACGUUGUUUGUUAUCUGCGUGUUUUCUUUCGUGAUCGUCGGUGCAUUCUUGCCCAUCUCAGCCUUUUUUUCUCCGCUUCCCGAUAUCGCAGGUUUGGGAAACCACAAAGCAUACGAUAGACUCGUCACAGACUCCGACAAACCGGAUGUUCAAACAAAGAUCAUAGACGCACUAGUAAAUCGCCUAGGGACUUCUUCUCGAGGAUUGAUUAUGGGCGGUGACGAGUACGAUCGAGUUGGCAAUACUUCCUGGUCGCACAGGGAUGCAGACACUGCCAUCAAAAAAAUAACCACAGCAACAGGCAUCCAAACAGAAGGUGUCACGAUUGUUUUGCUGUACCAAAAUCCCAGAGUGGAGCAGUGGUUGUCUAUAUUCACGCAAAAAAUUAUGGAAGGCAGCAGCAGCGACACGGCCUUUGGAGACGACUACGAAGAAUUCUUGUGCAAUCCCGAAAGCGCCAGCGAGCGCAUCGAGACCUUGGAGACAGCAAUGAAUCCUUUGCUCCUCUCGACAAUAUACAUCAAUGCGGGAUACAAUGUUGCCAUGAUAGACCUGGAGGGAGUACGAGAUGCCGGUUUGAUGGUCGAGCACGUUAUCGGUUGCGAAAUACUCGGCGGAAAUUGCACCGACGGGUGGCUCUACAAUCUAAAGACGGAGGACUCGCUCGUCAAAUUCAAAAACUAUCACGAGAGAGAAGACAACGCAAAGCAUCCGUUUCACUCCCUCACAAUCGGAGACAUCCAAGACUUGGAGCGAUUGCUCCAGCUCCGAGAUUGCAACUACCGGAGCAUCACGGAUCACUCCAAUUUCAGGCUUUUGUACGGGAAAGGCCCCUUUCGCCACUGUCCAAAACACGGCGACGCUGCGAUGAAAAAUCUCACCAACGCGUCUCUGCUCUUCAGUGCAAUGCAAUCCCAAAAGGGUUGCAACACCGAUGCUAUUUCGCUCGAAAGCAUUCUGAAAAAUGCUCCCGACGUGAACGUGUACGAUCUUUACGAAUACAGCGACGACGAAAUU